AUGUCUUCCAUGAUCACCGCUGCCCAGUGGGUGCCGCGCGGCUUCGCGGCACAAUUUCCUCAAGUCUACAAGCUUGACGAGUCUGAAUUCGAGAGAAUAGCUGAAUUGGCUAAGCUGCAGCUCAACGACGCAGAGGAUGAUCUGAAAGAAGCUCAGGAAGACGGCGAAGACGCAGAGGAAGAAGAUGAAGGAAAGGAUGAGGACAUGGGCGAGAAAGCAGAGACAAAAGGCGAAGCCCAGCCUGCUUCAAAGUACGACGACGACGACCUGAAAGAAUAUGACUUGGAACACUACGACGAUGACGACGACGAAAACGAUGCACCCGCCGCCAACGGAAGCAUGGGCAUGUUUGGAAACGUCAAGUCACUUGCGUAUUAUGAGUCAAACAAGGACGACCCUUAUAUCACACUGCAGGACGACGAAGAGGACGAGGACAGAGAGGAUCUUCAAGUCUUGACGACUGACAACUUGAUUCUGUCGGCAAAGGUCGAAGACGAAUUGGCCCACCUGGAGGUUUAUGUUUACGAAGACGAAGGCGACAACCUCUACGUUCACCACGACAUCAUGCUGCCGGCAAUUCCCCUCUGCGUGGAGUGGCUCGACAUUCCGGUCAACAAUUCAACAGACGCACCCAAGGAUGGCAGGGGCAAUUUCGUCGCCGUUGGUACGAUGGACCCUGACAUUGAGGUUUGGGAUCUUGACACAGUCGACUGCAUGUACCCCAACGCCAUUCUUGGCCAGGGCGCAAAUCCCCAGUCGGGCGAAAAGAAGAAGAAGCAGAAGAAGAAGAAGGCCAAGGCGAACGACGAAUACCACGUGGAUGCCGUUCUGUCUCUUGCAGCCAACCGCAAGCACCGGAACCUGCUCGCUUCGGCAUCUGCGGACAAGACGAUCAAGCUCUGGGACCUCAACACGGCUAAAGCUGCCAAGUCAUAUUCAUACCACACCGACAAGGUGUGCUCUCUCGCAUGGCACACAGCUGAGCCCACUGUCCUUCUCAGCGGAAGCUAUGACCGAACAGUUGUCGCGGCCGACAUGAGAGCGCCCGAUGCAAAGGCACCUCGAUGGGGUGUCGAGAGCGACGUGGAGAAUAUUCGAUGGGACCCCCAUGAUCAAAACUACUUUUACGUCUCAACGGAAAACGGCGUCAUUCACUAUCACGAUGUCCGAAACGCCCCAUCAAGCCCAGAGGCGACCAAGGCUGUGUGGACCCUGCAGGCGCACGACGAGUCUGUGUCCUCGUUUGACAUCAACAGCGUGAUUCCCGGUUUCAUGGCUACCGGGUCGACUGACAAGACGGUUAAGCUGUGGAACAUUCAGCCCACCGGCCCUUCACUUGUCGUCUCGCGCAACCUGGACGUGGGUAAGGUGUUUGCCACGACGUUUGCUCCCGAUCCAGAGGUUGCUUUCCGACUGGCAGUUGCUGGCAGCUCCGGCAGCAUGCACGUCUGGGAUACCAGCACCAACGCCGGCGUCCGAAGUGCUUUUGCUCAGCGUGUCCCCGCACAGAGGGAGGGUAUUUCCGAAGACCGACUGGUCGGCGUGAACGAUGACGAGAGCAGUUCAAGCGAAGAUGAGGGAGAGGAGGAAAAAGAGGAAGGAGACUCCAUGGAUGAGGAUUAA